AUGAGAUACGGUGACGUAGCGCGCGGUACCCCUUUAAAUAGUUGGCUGCAGGCGAGCGAGGCACAGUUCGACCAGUACCCCGUACUGGUCGGUGCUGUCCAUCACCGCUGCGAACUCCUCCGCAACCGAAGAGCGGCGGACCAGCUGCAGGCACGAGUGAAUCCGAGGGGCGGUGGAUUCGACUCUGGUACACACCUAACACUGGCCAGCUGUUGCCCCGGCGGCCGAGAGCAGAUAACAAUACGAAAGACCCACAAACAACGUCCUCGUUCUACCCCUGCCUCUUCAACCGUUAGCGCAGCGACAUCGACGAGCAGCCUGAAACCCAAUGGCAAGACCGCACACAAGCCCAAACCAAGGGAACCAGUGAAGACCAUAGUGAAAUAUGUUACGAAACAGAUCCACAUAUAUCCCAUGCAUCCGAUAUUGACCGUAGAACGCCUUCAAAAUCUAGAUUACCACAUUAGUGUGCUGACCGAAAGCAUAGGCAGGCGGCCACGCGUGUACCCGCAUGGUAAGGGAGUGCGAUUCGUUCCCGAAUCUAAUGACGAAUAUAGAACGAUACAGCGAUACCUGGCCAAGAUUGAGUCUGCAGAGAGGAUCGCCUGGUGCUCCUACACUUUGGCACCUGGCAACAGCCUCAAAGUGAAUGUCAAGGUGCGAGAAGUGGAAAUAGUCAAGAUCACCGAAGACCUCGACAAGCUCAAGUUGCAGAGCGGUACGAACGCUGCAGUCGCAAAAUCGAAAGAGUCUCCUGUGAAAUUAUCUUCGAAAGAUCCCUUACCUAAAGAUAUUAAAGUUUCGAGGAAGGAUUGUUCACCUAAAGAUGGUAACAUAUCUAUGAAGGAUUCUUUGACUGAAGAUGCUAAAUCUCCCACGACAACACAGGUGCUGAAAGAAAGUAAACCGGUAGUACCGGCACCAAAAGAUCGCCGAUUACCUGUUGCGAAGAAACCUCGUGAUAUUACUCAAAACAGCUCGUACAAAACAACUAAUAGAAGU